AUGACUGAAAAAGAAGCAGUCUCCAUCAAUCAGCAGCUUCACUCAGGCAAUCAAAUUGCUAGUGUGAACAUAAGCGUUAACCUCAAAACAGGAGAAAUCUCACGUGAGCGUGCAAACUCUGAUGUUUCCAAAAGUUUUAGGUCAUUAAAGAAAUCUUCCUCACUUUCAACCAUGUCGGGCCGAGAAGAAACUCUCUUUGCUAAGCAAGCAGAAUACCAAGCAAAACUCAAUCUUAAAGUUUUAGAAAAGCAGGCCAAAGAAGUAUAGUAAUUGCCCGAGGAUGGCGCUAUCUUGCGCCAUCCUCGAGCAAUUCAAAAAUGGCCCCACACCGGGAAUCGAACCCACGUGUGGGGCCAUUUUUUGUAUGUGGAGAACAUCGACUUCCACGUACCAAAAAUGGCCCCACACGUGGGUUCAAUUCCCGGUGUGGAGCCAUUUUUUAAAUUGCCCGAGGAUGGCGCAAGAUAGCCCCAUCCUCGGGAAAUUACAAUAAGUGAGCUACGACAAGCUCCAGAAAUUAAUCCUAGGUCGAGAAAACUUGCUGCAAAAAUAAAAGAUAAGCAGAACGUCGAAAUUAAAGUACAAAAGAAAAUUGAAGUUAUUGAAAAAUCCAAUCGAGCAUCUGGAUCGCUUAGAAUAUCAACAGAAAGCCUUCUGGACUCAUUGAAAGCCCGCCCUCAUUCUUUUGGCACUAACGAAACAGACCAAAAAAACCCUACAGUAGAAGCCAAAAAUGAAUCAAUUGACAAGUCAAAUUUAAGUGUCAUUGACCGCACUCACAUCUGGCUUGAAAAGAAAAAUUCUAAAAUCGAAGAAAAGAAAAGCAAAAAUAAAAACAAAGAAUUAGACGAGUGCACAUUUCAGCCUCAGCUCUAUGAAAGAAUUCUCCCAGAUGCAUCUUCUAUGUCAAUGCUAUCGGACUCCAAAAUCUCUCAAACAUCAUUCACCUCAUUUUACUCAAGAAAAAAAGACUAUGAAAAGAAGCAUACACAUUCUAUGUCUGGUAUAGCACCACAGCAGAAUGAAGAAGAAAUGUCAGGUUUAGCCAGAUUUUUAGCAAAAGGCCCUUAUGAUGAGAAAUCUGAUGUUUUGACUGAUUCUUUACAAGUCACUAUGCCUAAUAUGAAGUAUACUCCAAUUACUCCAGUCACGAAGCAGUUUAAGUUCAAAACUGGGUUCAACGAAAGUUCAUUUAAAAAGAACGCGAAGCCUAUGUUGGCAUAUAGACUUGAUUAG